AUGUCACAAACAGAAAGGCUAGUGCAUUUGAUGCUAGUAAGUGUUCUGCUGGUCAAUAAUGUUUACUGCCUUCCUCCUAUAAAGAGUCCAUUUAACGAAUCCUUAGAUACGGCAAUGUUCCCGAAUGAGAGGAUAUCGCUCGACGACUGUCAUCUACGUUACUACAGAUAUGGUGAUGGUGGCGAAGCAGCCCCAGCUUUUGCCAGCCCAGUUUACUUGAAAGAAUUUGCCCAUAUGGCAGCCAUCGGAUGGACACUACCGAACGAUACCAUCAGCUGGAAAUGUGGAGGAUCACUAAUUUGGGAGAACUAUGUGCUGACGGCGGCUCACUGUACGCUUGAUAAUGGACAACCACCGGAUGUGGCUCGUUUCGGAGACAUUAACAUCUUCAGUGAUGAGGAUGACCAAUUCGCCCAACAGCUGAAGAUCGUUCAAGUGAUCAGGCAUCCCGACUACAAGUUUUCUCUCUCUUACAACGACAUUGCACUUUUGAGGUUGGAGAAAAAUGUGAGAUUACACGAAACAGUUUCGCCAGCAUGCCUUUGGAUUGACAGUGAAGUUCGCUUUAGUGCACUGGAAGCUACUGGAUGGGGAGACACCGGUUAUGCACAAGAUCGAACCCCAUCGCUACUGAAAGUAACCCUAAAACCAACAACAAAUAAGAAAUGCAGUGAAUUUUAUGACAGCAGUAUUCGCAUUCUGCGGGAUGGCCUCAAGGAAACUCAACUAUGCGCCGGAGAUGAACUUAUGGAUACCUGUCCAGGUGACUCCGGAGGGCCUCUGCAGAUAAAAUUGCUUCACAACGGGAAAGUGUCUCCAUUUCUCGUCGGUGUAACUUCGUUCGGUACAGCCUGCGGAACGGCAACCCCCGGAGUCUAUACGAAAGUUUCAUCGUACUACCAAUGGAUUCUGCAAACGAUGCAGAGCCAGGAGAGCGAUGUGUUCGACUGGAGCCUAGAACCUAUCAGUUGUGCGCUUCGAUACGCCCAUUUAAGGGAGUACGAAGAAGACGCAAUUAUCGGAGAAUACAAUGGCGUUCAUACCGUUAUCGCCACACAAGCACAUGUGCGCAAAGCUGGAAACGAUUUACAGCAUAAGAUUACCGUAGCAUGGAAGGAUGGACGCAGAGAAAAUUGCAGUGCCACACUAAUCGCCGAUGACACUGCACUCACCCUAGCGGAAUGUACAUCACACGAUGGCAUUGCUCCUUCACACGUGAUUGUCGACCCGUAUGGAGAAAAUUUCGACAUUGCAAUGAUCAUUGUGCACCCGGAAUACAGGAAAAAAUCCCUAUACAAUAAUAUUGCGGUACUUAAACUGAAAGAUCGAGUGCAAUUUUCCAGACAAGUGACUCCGGCUUGCAUAUGGAAUUCACGAGAAAUUCCCAACCCACAGGUGGAAGUGGCGAGUAUCGGUCGUAAAGAUAUUAACGAGUUUUACUUUUCCAGAACAAAAUUUGAAGCAUUUGAGCCAACGGAACAAACGCUCCUACCUAGAUUAAGUGUAAAUACCCCUCAAAAUUGCACAAUUCCUGAAGAGUUCCUCUCGCGUCUUACACGAGGAUUGGCACCGGAGCAUCUCUGCGUUGGAUAUCGGUUAUUUUUGGUUCCCGGAUCAUGCAGAUUACUCUACGGUGCUCCUAUUCAGCGGCAAAUCUAUAGGAAUAGUCGAUUCUUUACCUACGCGUAUGGUUUAAAUGCUUUCGGCAGAGAUUGCGGUUUUGGUGAGGCAGCCGUUGCAACCAGAUUAUCUAGCCACGUGGAUUGGCUGAGAACGGUUCUGCUCCCCAACACUUAUGAUAGACAAUCCGCAGUGCAGUUCAUUAACCCAGAAUGGAAGGAAGACGAGGACUGUGAUUUCGACUAUGACGAUGAACUGCCGGGAAUUUGCACCCAUUAUACGAAAUGUUCGAAAGUAUGGAACGAUUUUAAAGCCAACCGACGAGUAGGGUUUUGUUCGACUGCACAAGUAAUUUGUUGCCCUCGAAAGUUUGUGGAAAAUAAAUUUUCCCAAGAAAGGGAAGACGAAUUAGACACGUGUCGAACAGAUUACCAACAAUUUCAUCCUAAAAUGUAUAGUCUUUACUCAGCCAAAGGGUUUGCACAUACGGUAAGUUUGAUUUGUGAUUCGCAAACUGUACGGUGUCUAGCGUCGCUAAUCACAAAACGGACUGCCGUUACUUCAGCUAGUUGUGCACUUUUGAUGCCGAACCCACCAACUUUGGCUAUUUUAGCAAACAAUGAUUCCGUCGCUAUAGAGCAAGUCGUCGCGCAUCCAGAUUAUAACAAUAAUGAUAAAUCAAAUGAUAUUGCGCUUAUCAAAUUGAUCGAUGAAAUAACACCAACUGCAUCAGUAUUUCCAGCAUGUGUAUGGACCAACCUUAGCCACACUCCGCUGUAUCUGAGAUUAAUAGUAGCAGGGAACAUCAAGGAGCUUUUCAAACAAGUCACGCCUAUGUACAACACCGAUUGUCAGCGUGAUUACAAAAGCCGACUAACAACUGAUCAACUAUGUGUCCAGGAUAUCCUUCUGAGGGCCAACAAUACUUGCUACAAUGAGGGCGAUCAGUUAGUUUGGACUAGCGUUGAUGAUCCUGCGAUUGUAAACUCUCCCGUAGCGCCUCACGUAGUAGGUUUCUACAGCUACGGCGAAUUGUGUGAGCAGGCUAAUCCGGCUGUCUUCACUAGGAUCGCGUCGUACGUCGAUUGGAUAAGGGAAAAUAUAUAA